AGCAGCAGCAGCAGCGACUGCCAGUUCUGUUGUGUACGCUGUUGCGGUUAGUUGUGUUUCUUGUAUGGCGCUCGCGGUGUCUCAUUACAAACACACACAUACACAUAUUAUACAUAAAUAUAAUAAAAGCGUAAAUUAAAUAUUUAAUAUUUAAAAAUCGUUUAUAUUUUUUGGAUUUUUCCUGACGGUUAAAAGUUAACAGCACUCAACACAAACAGUUCCAUUAUAUUUCGAGCGCAUUGCGACAGCAAGUGAAAAAGUGAAAAUUAACACUGAAAACAGGAAAGUAAACGAGAAAUAAAGUAAGCGAGCAAUAAAAAAUAAGUCAGCAAAAAAUAAAAAUAAAAUUAAGUGAAAUAAAAUAAAAAGUGCAAAGUUUAACACCAAAGCAUUUGGCUGUAUUUGUGUUCUAAUUUAUCGCUCAAAGACAAAAAUGUCUACGCCAAUUUGGCUAAGCAACAAACACGCGCACACAUUUUGCUGCGCAUGCGCAACUGCAUUGCUGACAUUACUGCUACUGAUUGACGGCGCAGAGAGUUAUGGCUUCGGCAGGUGUCCGAAAUAUCCAUCGAUGCCGAAAUUUAAUAUGAGUAGGGUACUUGGUCAGUGGUAUGAAGUGGAGCGUUCCUUUUAUCUACCCGAAAUCGCUUCUGGCUGUACGCUACUGGAAUUUCAACCUCUGCAUAAGGAAAAGCUCUCCAAAUUUAAUAAUUUCGAACUCGAAGUGGCGAUUAAAACGAUCAACAGACUAACCGGCAAUCCGUCAGUGAAUCUGGGUUAUGCAACGCCUGAGAAUCGAAAGUCCUCGAUUAUGGAUUUUAAGUUCAACACCCGCUUCCCGGAUGUAAUUGCACGCCUAUUGCCUGGCUCUGGCAAAUAUCAAGUGCUCUACACGGACUAUGAGAAUUUUGCGAUUCUGUGGUCUUGUGGCAGUCUCGGUUCGAUCGGUUAUUCCGAUCAAAUUUGGGUCUUCGGACGUGAUCGCGACUUUCCCGUAGAAGUACGUACGACAAUAUACGAUGCAUUAAAGAAACUAGGGCUCGAUCCGGAGCGAUUAGUGUUGAGUAAAAAUAAAAAUUGUCCACAAACAUUAUAGUUAAGAUUGCCAUAAAAAUCACAAGAAAGAAAUUAACUACUUACAUUUAAAUAAUAAUGAAAUAUGUAUAUAACUAAUAUGGUAAACAUAAUUUGUAGGAGAAAAUCAACAAAUUUAUUUAGAUUAAACAAUUUCGAAAACUUAUUUUUAUAGCUGUAAAUUUGUGGUUAUAAAGGCAGCGCCUUGUUAAUUAUACAAAUUAAAAUUAUUUUUUCAUUAUUUCUUUUAUAAUUUUCAUUUAAAUUUUGGUUUGGAAAUUAUUCUUUGUUUAAUUAAAAAAAAAUUGUAAUAUUUUUUAUUAUAACUUGUAUCAUAAUUAUACUAGAUUAGGUCGCUGUGAUAAUAAGAAAAUUUGAUAUUAUCUUGUACAUAUCUAGUUAAGAGAUAAUUCGGAAAAUUGUUUAUGUAUUAAGUUGUAAAUAAACGAUAAUAAACUUAUAAACAAUAUAAUGCCAUAUAUAUACGAGUAUAUUUGUAAUUAGCACGAUUUAAUCUCGAAAACAUUCACAUGAAAUAUAUAAAGCCCAUAUAGUUUUAUUACAGAGCAGUCGUAUCUAGGUUUUCAGAUUAAGUCCUUGAAUUUACGUAUUCCAACUAAAAUUAGUCUAACGGAGACCAGGAUGAUGGUCUCCAUUUACGUCUCAAUAACGUGAUCGUCUCAGGUGCUGUGGGAACGUCCUAUUGGAAGCAUCACUAGAUCGAUUUUUCUAUGAUUCCAAUUUUUCUAUGAGCAAUCAUACAUAGUUCUUUAAUAGAAAACAUGGAUGAUCUAGACGUUAGAGGGAUUUAUCGACAGAUUUAUGAUCAGAUAAGAAAGGGCUGCAAAGUAUGUUUUGAAGUUUGAAUCAAUCCAAUGUCGGCUGAGUCCAUAAACAAAUAUCGCUGUAAAAACUAAAAGCUAUGCCGAGCGGAGGCUUGUAACAAAUAAAUAAAUUUGAUAAAUCGGUGACAUGCCCUAUUGGCUACAAGAAGGCCCUUUUGGAAUUGAAAUUGUAUUGAAGCACAUAAUUUUUUUAUAUUAGGUUGAAAUCUAAUGAGAUAUUAUAAAUAAUGAAAAUAUUCUACCGUGAAGGAACAAUCAGGUUCUAAUAUCGGUGUUUUUGUCGUUGCGUUAGAAUUUAAGUACUAUUCCGCGAUCUUUGGUAUUGAAAAUUAUUUCAGAAAAGGUUACUGGAAGUGGCCUCAUAUUCUUAGUAAGAGAAUAAUACGGACUACAAAAUCCAAAUGAUACAUGGACUAUUUUGAGACUGUCUAAUAACAUUUAUAGUUGAAGUUAAUGUUGUCCGAUCAUUGUUGUUGCCAGUCCAUAAUAUUUGAUAUUCGUCGAAAAUUGGGAUUAAACCCGGAUACUAGUUGAUAGUAUAAGUAGGCAAAGCGAACAUUCCGGAGAAUUUCGUAUUAAAAACACUUUUGAAUUAAUCUAACUGUCGUCCAAAGUCGGGGUAAAACAUGUAAGAACCUUAUUUGACGAAAAGGGGUAAGGCGCCCAUUACAAAAGGUGGGGAAGGUCAAUCAAAGGUACUUCGGAGGAACGGAACAUUUGAUUUUUUUACAAUAUAAUUCAUAUAAAGGCUCUAUCGUAUGUGAUUCCAAUCGAUUGGAGUUCUUUUAUAUUUUAAAUGAUCUUCUGUGAUCAAUAUUUCUAUAAACUGAAAUUAAAGCUUUCACGACAAACUGUUUGGAAAAUGGAGCGUUCACUGUACAGUAAACCAAUUUAACGGGGAAUAACCCCAAGUUAUUUCACAUUUAGCAUACAAUUAAUAGAUAGUUAAUACAGUUAAUAUUUGUAUACAAAAUAUUUAUAAACAGAAAUGAUGAAAAGUCAAAAUAAAUCACACAAACUCAGGAACGUUUCAAAAUUACAACUCAUUCAUCGCCAUUUAAUUAGAGCAUCAGUACUAAUUGGCAGGUCACAAAAAUUCUUACUCGCAUUAAGUGGCUGUAGAAUGGGACUUCAGUCUUAAACGAAUGCUUGAAAUUUCAAGAUGUUCAAACUGGUUCUCAAAGUGAUCCUCGCAAUUUUGUUGCUGUUUUGUAUUUGCCAAAUGGUGGACGCUAGAGGUGGUGGUGGUGGAGGACACGGCGGAGGUGGUGGACAUGGCGGUGGUCACGGUGGUGGCAGAGGAUUUGGUGGUGGCAGAGGAUUCGGUGGUGGUAGAGGUUUUGGACGUGGUCGCGGAGGUGGCGCUGGCCUCUUAGGUCCUGGAUUUGGCAGAUAUUAUGGACGCGGUUAUGGUGGUUAUGGCCGGCGCUCUGUAGUCGUUAAUAAAGUGGGCGUGGUGGCGUAUGCGCCUUACGAACGACCCUACUGUCAUUACCAUCCAUGGGCGUGUUAUGAUUAUUAUUAUUAAAUUUUGCGUGGAAGUUUAAAAAACAAUUUUUUCGAAAUAAAAUAAUAUAAAUAAAUAAUUAUUAUAAAAAUAAAAAAAAAUUAAUAAUAACAAUAAAUAAUACUUUAAAUUAUUUAUAAAAA